AUGAGUGUCCAGAUUUUUGGUGACCAAGUCACUGAGGAAAGAGCUGAAAAUGCUCGUAUGUCUGCUUUUGUAGGAGCAAUUGCAGUUGGGGACCUUGUUAAGACGACUUUGGGACCCAAGGGAAUGGAUAAACUACUGCAAAGUGCAAGUAGUGGAUCUGCAAUGGUUACCAACGAUGGGGCAACCAUUCUAAAAGCAAUCCCUCUUGAUAAUCCAGCUGCAAAAGUGCUGGUGAACAUAAGUAAAGUCCAGGACGACGAAGUCGGGGAUGGUACCACCAGUGUCACAGUUCUGAGUGCCGAAUUACUGAGAGAAGCCGAGAAGCUCAUCGAGCAAGGAAAAAUUCACCCACAGACAAUUAUCGAGGGUUUCAGAAUAGCCUCAAAGGCUGCUUUAGAUGCCCUUGAAAAGACAGCAGUGGACCAUUCGGCUAACAAGGAAACUUUCUAUCAAGAUCUGAUCUCUAUAGCGAAGACCACGCUAUCGUCAAAAAUUUUGUCGCAAGAUAAAGACCAUUUUUCCAAGCUGGCUGCCGAUUCCAUCAUGAGGCUUGGGGGCUCGGUCGAUUUGGAACACAUACAAGUGUUGAAGAUCAUCGGCGGUAGACUAUCUGACUCCUUUUUGGAUGAAGGUUUUAUUCUACCAAAGAGAUUUGGUAAUAAUCAACCCAAGCGCGUGGAAAACGCCAAGAUUUUAGUCGCCAACACUUCUUUGGAUACAGACAAGGUCAAAGUCUUCGGCGCCAAAUUCAAGGUUGACUCCACUUCCAAGCUAGCUCAGCUGGAAAAAGCGGAGAAGGCCAAAAUGAAGAACAAAAUAGAUAAGAUCUCAAAGUUUGGCAUCAAUACCUUCAUCAACAGGCAGCUCAUUUACGACUACCCGGAACAGCUUUUCAGCGAUUUGGGCAUCAAUUCCAUCGAGCACGCAGACUUUGAAGGCGUGGAAAGACUAGCUCUUGUUACUGGUGGUGAAGUGGUUUCAACUUUUGACAAUCCUGAAAAGUGCAAACUUGGUGAGUGUGACUUGAUAGAAGAGAUUAUGAUCGGAGAGGAAACCUUCACUAAAUUCAGCGGAUGCAAGGCAGGUGAAGCCUGCACCAUUGUGCUUAGAGGUGCGACCGAUCAAGUGCUAGAUGAAGCCGAAAGAUCUCUACAUGAUGCUCUGUCUGUACUAUCACAGACAACUAAGGAAACUAGAACUGUGUUGGGCGGUGGGUGUGCCGAAAUGAUUAUGUCCAAGGCAGUCGAUACUGCUGCACAGAAUGUUGAUGGUAAGAAGUCGUUUGCAGUGGAAGCUUUUGCCCGUGCCUUGAGACAACUUCCAACAAUUUUGGCAGAUAACGCAGGGUAUGAUAGUAGCGAGCUUGUCUCCAAAUUGAGGUCUUCUAUAUAUGGCGGUAUCACCACUUCGGGUCUCAAUCUGAACGACGGAAGUAUCGCUGACAUGAGAGAGUUGGGCAUAGUUGAAAGUUACAAACUGAAAAGGGCUGUUGUUAACUCUGCAUCAGAGGCCGCUGAAGUGCUAUUAAGGGUGGACAAUAUUAUUCGUGCUAAGCCAAGAACCGCCAACAGGCAGCAUAUGUAA